AUGCCUCGUCGGUUCAGCAAUAACUCCUCGAACGACACCUCCUCCAACUCUCCCUCCUUUUCACCUUCCUCGGGAAAGGGCGGCAUCGCUAUCAAGGCGCCCUCGGUCAAGUCCCAUCGCCUGUCCCAAUUCUUUUCGGUCUCGCCCAAAUCUAAGACUGAAUCUCAACCUGCACAGUCGACUCCCCAGUCGACCGCCGGAAAUCCUAAUACUUCUCCGUCCAUAAGUUCGGCGUCACUAUCCUUACCAACGAUAUCCCUCUCCACGGCGACCGCUGAUAACCCGAACAUGGACGAAAAGCCAACCACCCUCUUCCAGCCGCCAAGCCCGGAGGAGGCUCGCCUCUUGGCUAAGCAACAUGCUCAAUUUGGUCCCAUCGGGCAUCCUAGCCAUCGCUACUCGAGUCGACACCCUGGUGGUGUCUUCCCAGAGCCGGUGAUGGAUGAGCCGCCCUAUUAUUAUCUGCUCACAACAUACAUCAGUUAUUUAAUCUUAAUUGCUUUCGGUCAUGUUCGUGAUUUCUUUGGCAAGCGCUUUCGGGAAGAAAACUAUCGACACCUCAAAGCGCGCAACGGAUACGGUGCCCUGAACAGUGAUUUUGACAACUUCUACGUUCGUCGUCUCAAAUUGCGUAUCAAUGACUGCUUCGAGCGCCCGGUCACCGGUGUCCCUGGACGAACCAUCACAUUAAUCGACCGCGGUACGAAUGAUUACAACCACCACUUCCACCUAACUGGCACUACCACCGAUACUCUGAACCUGAGCUCCUACAAUUAUCUGGGAUUCGCCCAGUCGGAAGGCCCUUGCGCGGAUCUUUCGGAAGAGUCUGUUAAGAAAUACGGUAUCAGCACUCCUAGUACCCGCGCGGAGACCGGCACCCAGGAUUUGCAUGUCGAAGUUGAGGAUCUGAUUGCCAAGUUCGUGGGCAAGGAGGCCUCAAUGGUUUUCUCUAUGGGAUUCGGCACCAACGCCAAUGUCUUCCCCGCGCUUGUUAGCAAGGGCGACCUUCUGAUUUCCGAUGAGCUGAACCACGCCUCUAUCCGUUUUGGUGCUCGUCUCUCUGGUGCUUCAAUUGCUAUGUUCAAGCACAACGACAUGAGAGAUUUGGAGAUUAAGCUUCGCGAAGCCAUUUCACAAGGCCAGCCUCGUACUCAUCGUCCCUGGAAGAAAAUUCUGGUUGUCGUGGAAGGUCUCUACUCGAUGGAAGGAUCCAUGUGUAACUUGCCCGGUCUUGUCGCUCUGAAGCACCGUUACAAGUUCAACCUGUUCGUCGAUGAGGCUCACUCAAUUGGUGCAAUCGGACCCAUGGGUAAAGGUGUUUGUGACUACUUCAGCAUUGACACUGCCGAGGUAGAUGUCCUGAUGGGAACUCUUACUAAGUCCUUCGGUGCCAAUGGUGGUUACAUUGCCGCUGACAAGGCAAUGAUCGAUAAACUCCGGGCCACAAAUGCAGGUAUCUUCUACGGCGAAUCACCCGCCCCAUCGGUCCUUACACAAAUUUCUGCUGCCCUUCGUAUCAUCAAGGGCGAUCUCAUCCCCGGUCAAGGUGAAGAGCGAUUGCAACGAUUGGCUUUCAACUCGCGAUAUCUUCGCUUGGGAUUGAAACGUCUUGGCUUUAUAGUAUACGGCCACGAUGAUUCGCCCAUCAUCCCACUUUUGCUCUUCAACCCUGCCAAAAUGCCCGCUUUCUCCCAUGAGAUGCUUAAGCGGAAGAUUUCCGUUGUGGUUGUCGGAUACCCUGCUACUCCUCUGGUUUCAUCCCGUGCUCGUUUCUGCGUCUCUGCUGCUCACACCAAGGAUGAUCUUGACCGCAUCUUAACCGCUUGUGAUGAAAUUGGCAACGUCUUGCAGCUCAAGUUCUCUACCGGUAUCGCUGGUGGUGCCAUUCCCCCAGCUGAGGAGAUGGCCCCUCCACCAGAGAUGGAGAAAGAAUGGCAGCGUAAACGUACCGCAAAUAUUACCCCUCCAAGAUGGCGGGUAGAAGAUGUAAUUCGACGUGGAGUCCAGGAUGUCAAAUCACCUUUGUAUUAG